AUUUGGAAAGUCAUAACAAAAUCUUUUGUAAAAUAUUACGGUCUACUUAUAUUUUUUUAGAAAAGUUUUUACAAAUUCGCAAGUGAAUAUGACAUUUUCAGGGUUAUUAACUCAUUAUAGUACAUGCCAGUUGAGGCGGUUUUUUAGCAGCGGGUGCGAAACCAAAUUGGAAACUAAGUGGGGGUGCAACCCGGCGCCGCCCGCCCGCCCGCCGACGUCCGAGUUUGGCCGCCCCCAGCCUAUCCCGCCCAACCCCUGCUGCGUCGGCGCACCCCACAAACCCAACGCCAAAAGAUUCAAAUACUUAUUUUUCUUCGUCGCCGUUCCCCUCAUCGCGUUCCAGACGUACAUGAUUCACGGCAUCGAGAAACCGCCGAAAGAGGAUUGCCGGGAGUACGAGUACAUGCUCAUACGCACGAAGAGGUUCCCGUGGGGGGACGGCGUGAAAUCUCUGUUCCACUCCGACGAGUACAACCACCUGCCCGGCGAGUGUGCGGCGGACGACGACGACUAGCCGGCCCGACGGAGGCCGAGAGUGAAACGACUGCGAAUU